GAAUUAACCUAUUAAAUGGCUGCUAGCGGCUGUUUCAUGUGUGUUUCGCGUGGUUUUAUAAUCGCUUUUUAAUUUACUUUUUGUAAUUUACUUUUUAAAUGUAAAUAACAUGUCGACAUUAUUCAACGAUAAUAAUUCGGACUCCGACGGGGAAUUAAAAAUAAAUGCAGUUUACGCUAACAUUUAUGAUAAUUUUCCAAAAGAAGAACUGCAUAAACUAAAAGCUAGAUAUGGAGAGAGUGCUACAGUAUCAGGUGCAGAUUCAAGUGAUAGCAGUUCUUCAGACGAAGAAGAAAUUAUCCAAGAUCCACAAUUUGAUAAAGAGUUUCUUAUAACUUUAGCUUAUUUGAAAAACGAGGAUCCAUGUAUAUAUGAUAAAAAAGUUAAGUUCUUCAGCCACACUGUCAAACCUGAAAUAUCAGAAGAUAUUAAAGCAAAAGAAAAGAACAAGAAGGAAAAGGCUGUCUCUUUAAGAGACUAUGAACGUAAAAUUAUACUGGAAAAAGAUGGACAUUUUAGUAGCAGUGAAGAUGAAAAUAGUACAAAUGAAAAAGCUAAAUAUAAAACGCUCACUUAUGUAGAGGAACAGAAACAGUUAAAAGAUAGUUUUAGAAACGUUCUGAAAGAUGAAGAUGGGGAUGAUGAAACUGAUCUUCUGAAAAUAAAGGAAAAAACAAAAGAUGAAAAUCACAAGGAAGAGGAAUCCUACAAGCAAUGGUUGAAAGGUGAACAGGUGCAAAUAGAUCCUCAAGAUCAAGAAGUCUUUAAACCGUUGCGUGAUUACUGGACAGAUCCUAAUUUAGAUUCACGUGAGAAGUUCUUGAGAGAUUAUAUUCUAAAUAACAAGUAUAUGGAUAAGGAAUCUUACGAUGUGGAUCUGGAAUAUAAUCAUGUUGCUCAUGAUAGUGAUGAAAACUUGUCAGAGGAUGAAAGGACUAUUCAAAACCAGGAAGAAUUUGAACGCAAAUAUAACUUUAGAUUUGAAGAACCUGAUCAAGAAUUUAUCAAGAGAUAUCCGCGAACAAUGGAAAACUCAAUGCGAAAAAAAGAUACACGCAGAUCUCAAAAGAGAGCAGAAGUUAGGGAAAGAAAAGAGAAAGAGAAACAGCAGAAGAAGGAAGAACUAAAGCAAUUGAAGGCGUUGAAGAGAAAAGAAAUAGAAGAAAAGAUAGACAAGUUAAAGGAAAUCACAGGAAAUGAUGAUAUGCGUUUUGAUAAUAUUGAUUUUGAUACCGAUUUUGAUCCAAAUAAACACGACAGAACGAUGAAAGAACUUUUUAACGAUGAAUACUAUGCUGGCGAAGAGGAAAAUCAGAAGCCAGAAUUUCCAGAGAUCGAUGAAGAAUUGGAAAUCGAACUCCCAUGGGACAAUUAUGAUCCGAUUGCGGACCAAAUUGACACAAAAGCUGCACCAUACGAAGAACCUCAUUGUGAAGACACAGAUUUCAAUAUGGAUGCAGAUUAUGAUGAAAAUCAAGCUUUGCAAUCCAAACUUGUUGAAAGUAAGAAAAAGAGGAAAGGAAGGAGACGCAGUAAAUUUGCGGAGCUUAUAGCAAAAGACAAGCCAAAAUUUGAUCCCAAACAAUUUCCCUCCUACGAGAGAUACUUCGAUCAAUAUUACUCGUUAGAUUAUGAGGAUAUGAUUGGAGAUUUACCCUGUAGAUUUAAAUAUAGGAAAGUAAUAGCAAAUGAUUAUGGGUUAAGUGUUGAGGAAAUUUUGACGGCUGACGAUAGGGAAUUGAACAAAUGGUGUCCUUUAAAAAAAGCUCUUAAGCAUAAAUUAGAACAUGUAGAGAAGAAUGAGAUUCAGAUUUACAAGGAGAAAGCAAAGAAUGAAGCACUGAAGCGAAAAAUUUUGAAGAGUUUAUAUGCUGAAAAACCGGAAGAAAAGGAAAAAGACGAAAAAGACCAACUUACCGUUGAGCGAACUGAUACUAGCAGGAAGAAGCGUAAACGCAAGAAGAAUAAACACAGCAACCUUAAUGUCAAAUCUACUAAUAUUGAUCUUGUUUCUAAAGAAAAGAUCAUGGACAUUACAGAAAACAACGAGAUACAUAAUUUCUCUAAUAACAAUAACGAUGAAAAGCAAGAUAAAUGCAUUCAAGAGAAAGAUGGGGUAAAUAUGGACAAAAAGCUGAAACGAGAAAAUGUAUCAAACAAUGACGAAGACGCUGCGAGUCCUAAGAAGAGAAAGACGGGUAAUGAAAAAAAGAAAAAUUCUAGAAUGGAUAAUAUUAAUGUAAAAAAGCACAAUCAAGAGGUAACGCCUAUUGGUGAACACGAAACUGUUCAGAAGAAAAAGAGAAAGAAUACUCAAUUGAAUAAAAUGAAGAAUAGAAAAUUAGGCAAUGCCCAUCCAAUGAUGUCUUUGAAUGUGAAAAGAUUAAAGACAUAUGGAAUAAGCGCAAAGAAAAUGAAUAAUUUGUUGAGACACAAUAAAGAAUUUUAAAUCUAAA